CGGACGUCCGCGCGAAAAGUUCGCCAGCUGACCACGACGGCGACCGACGGCUGCGCGCGAGAGCAACACGCAGCAGCAGCCGGCAGGGACGCCGCACCGAACGACGCGGAAACUGCGACUCAGCUCAGAGAAUAUGUCGCCCGAGCCGGACCAGGCGGUGCCCGCGGACGUCGGCGAAGUGAGCGCCAGCGCCAGCGGCAGAGCGGAGGCGGCGUGUGCCGGCGCUGACGCAGAAGCUGAUGCUGACGCCUACCUGCGCCUGCUCAUGCGGGAGGGCGUCGACGUACCGGCGCACACGCAGGGUCCGCCUCCAACGGAGCCGCCCCCGUGGCUGGACGAAGAGAAGUUCCGGCUUGGGCAGCGCUUCGCCACGGAGCACCUGUUCGGCCUGGCCUACUCCGAGAUGUUGUCGCUCAUCAUCCUCUUCUCCUUCCCGUCGUCGCUGGAGCCGCUCAUCUUCACUGGGAACUCCGACACGCCCUUUAAGGCGUUCAAGCGCUACCUCUCAACAGGCAUCAGGGUCCUGGCGUGGUUCGAGGGCGAUGUAUGGGGCGGCGGGGGCGGCGGCGAGGCUCGGCGGCAAGUGGGGACUGUGCGCGCCAUGCACGAGGCGGUGCAGCGACGCCUGGGGGCGACGCCGGCGCCGCAGCGCGAGCGCCGCGGCCACGUGGCCGGCCCGCUGUGGGCGCCGCUCACCACUGCCGGCAUGCUGGGGGGCGGCGCCGGGGGCGGCGCCGGGGGCGGCGGGGGCGGCUGCCCCUGUCUGAGGGCCGGCGUCGACGUCAACCAGACGGAGAUGGCGCUGACUCAGUUUGGCUUCGUGGGCCUGAUGCUGCUGCAUCCGGACCGGCUAGGUGCACCAGAUGCGAGCGAACGAGACCUGGAGGGCUUCGCGCACAUGUGGCGCGGCCUAGGCUACCUUCUGGGCAUCGAGGAUCGCUUCAACCUGUGCUCCGGCGACCUAAACAGUGUCCGCCGCCGCUGCCAGCUGGUGGUGGAGCGCCUGGUGGCGCCGAGCAUGGAGCGCGUGACGGCCGAGUGGGAGCACAUGUCGCGCUGCAUGGUGGCAGGCGUGGCGCUGUACGUGCCUGGGCCCCCGUUCUCGGUGUCUCUGUGCUACCUACUGGGGGAGCUGCUGGCUCUGCGCGAGCCGGCGGCCCGCCUGCGCGCCGCGCUGUCUCUGGGCGACCGCCUCACACUGCUCUUCGUGGGUGGCCUGCUGCGCUGGUUGCUGCGCUUCGCGCCGCUGCGCAGGCUGUACAACUGGCUGCUGAGGCUCGCCAUGAAGCGCGCGCGCCACGCGCCGCAGCUCUGGCUCAGCGCAGCCGAGGCGCGCCGCUACCCGUACCAGCAGCCGGCCAUCACGCAGCUGUAGUUCGCCGCUCCAUCACUGGCUGGCGCCGGCUCCGUCGCACGACGCCUCGCCGGGAAACGAACACGACUGACCGCGUACCCGCGCAGAUGUAGGGGCAUGGGAAGUAGUCGCACGGCGUUGUCGGCUGAGACACCCCAAGGGGCAGCUCAGCUGCCUAAUUAAAAAGAUUUUAUUUACUGAAUGAAUCUUUCACUCUGCAGUGAAGUGUGCUCAAUUUUGAAACUUUGUAGAUUCAAACGGCCAUUUGGAUUGGGACUCGAAUCUGGAAGUUCGUGUUUCACUAGCAAGCAGCAGACGGUUACUUUCGGGACAGAUUUCAGGCUGUGAUGGUGGGUCGUGAGUAGUGUAUCCAGAUCCAGUUUGCGGAUAAUCAGGAUAUAGGAGGUGACUUUUCUGCAGCAUGGGUGGGUGGGCUGUCCGGGACCCCUACGUUUGAACCGAGAGUGAAGGCACAAAUCAUUUGAAAUGUUUAGCUCAUGUCAUACAACAUUCAUUUUUACAAUUAUUUAAGGCCACAAUUUUUCUUCUUUCGGCCUACAGCGUAAAAUAUGUCUUGUAGUGACACGAUUGCGAUAAAGAAUACCAGUUACACUGCUCUCUAAAUGGCAUUCGUGAACAUCCUUCAAGAAAUAGAGAUAUAAUCACGCGCACAAAAUGAGCUCAAAAUUUACUGAAUGAACAAACCGACAUCAAACACAAAAAAUAUGCUAAAAACUUUAUUGAUACAAAGCAGGAAGAGAGAUAAAAUAAAGAAACCAGAGAUAUUAAGUAACCCUCCUCCACAGUAACAGCAUAAACAGUACAAAACAAAAAUAUAACAGCAAGAAAACAUCACAAAUCAUAGGCCAUAACAAAAUUACUACUUGUAAAAUAAAAAUAAAACGUAAAAAUCUCAAAAAAACCAAAAGACAUUUCAUGUAAAAAACGUAAUUGGAAUAAACCUAAGAAAGUAAUCAAAACAUAACCGAAUUUCCACACAUCACCAACUUCUGGUGGUAACUAUGUAAAUAUCUCUGAUCCAAGUUGUCAGGAGGAAAAAAACGCACAAAAAACUGACUUCUCAUAUAUCUAAAAGUCAGACGUAGAAUUACGCCCACAAAGAACAUAAAAGUAACGUGUAAAUACAAAGUCCAACAAAGACAGCAUGUGGCAGCAUCGAGAUUACAUGUAAGGUAAAAACACCAGUCAUGUGUAAUACCUCUCAAAACAUAGCUAUAGUUGAUAAUAUCAAGGCUAUCGACUAUUAAAGUAUUUACAGAACGCAAGACGAUGGCAAAUGCCGAAAUGAGCUCAUUGUGAUUUACGCAAUAAAAAAAUGUGCAGAGCAAUGUAACUGGCGUAUUUUUAUCGCAGUUGUUUAAUUAUUGUUUAAAUAUUUCUUGUUUAUUUUAUUGCACUAAAUAAAGCCUGCAUCAUUCAAUUAUUUAUCACACAAAAUCACAUAUUUUUCUGUGGUUGUUUCAAUUGAUUAACAUAAAUUAACUGUUAGAGAACUGAAUUUUAAAUCCUGAAAAAUUAUACUAUCUCUUUAGCAAGAAAAUUUCCACAUGAAACUAAAUUCCAGGGUUUAAAUUUGCCCUCAAAAAAGGUCUGCAAAACUGAUUAAUUUUAACUAACAUUUCCAAGUGUUUUGUUGUAGAAACAGACGGAGCCUCAUCACAACUGUCCUGAAGUUCUCCCCCAGAAUGAUGCUUUUGUUCGGUACAUAACUGUGAUCAUUGGCUAUUGGAAAAUCGUCGUCUUUUCCGUCUAUUUCUUGAUCUAUAUCACUGACAUCUUCCUCUAUUCACCGAUAAAAAAAUUUCAUCAAACUCGGGAAAGUUAAAAACUGACAUGUUCCUGAGAACACAUUUUGUACUAUGGUACCAUACUGAAGAAAACAGUUAAGUCCUUCACGAAGCAUGGUUGGUUCAAAUAGCUCUGAGCACUAUGGGACUUAACAUCUGUGGUCAUCAGUCCCCUAGAACUUAGAACUACUUAAACCUAACUAACCUAAGGGCAUCACACACAGCCAUGCCCGAGGCAGGAUUCGAACCUGCGACCAUAGUGGUCACGCGGUUCCAGACUGAAGCGCCUAGAACCGCACGGCCUCGAAGUAUGGUCUAGGAGAUCCUAACACCUCUCAGUAACACGUGUCGACAUCAAAGAACGAAGGUGAUAACGCAACCGACAGCAAAACAUUGCAAGGUUGACAGUUUAAGGAGAAUAGAUGGAGUAUAGCACCAUUCUGCUAUGACUAACCUUGAAAAAUUUUCACCAGAUCUGAGAGACCGAACCUUGUUCAGAAAUUGUCUGGGCACGGACCUAAGCCGCAAGACAAAGAAAGGAGAGAGACCAGCGAAAAAACUUUCGCAGUUACAGACGUUCUCUCUGUAUCCAGUGCAGAGUGCGGCUUUGUUGUGGCUGUACUGCUCACCAAAUGUUGCUCAUCUUGUAGUCCGAUAUCUUCGCUCGAUAAAGAACAGAAUUUCUUUUCGUUAUAUGUCAUAGUUACUGCGCUGCGUCAAAUUAAGUAUAGCAUUGCACGAAAUUUUAAAGGGUUUCCAGGGGUCUAAAUGCAUUGCUUAAAUUUUGCGCAUGGCUUAUUGUAGCUCAUACAUUGUUAUAUGUGAUAUGUAGAUAAGACAUCGAAAUUUUAUUUAAAUUUUUCAGCAGAACGAUGCGGUAUUUCGUUCUCAAGUUAAUGGUUUUUGUAUCCAUUAGACAAUACCACUCGAUGUGCCCAUUUCUAUCUCUGUGCAUCGGGAAUCGUGUGGUCAUAACAACUGGCAUAUUUCGUAAGCGGUUCAAGAGAUCAAAACGAGGAAACAACAUGCAAAGAGACACCUAUGCCUAUGUUUUUUGAUAAAUACUCUAUACCUUUUUAUUCAAAAAGAUAUGGAAGUAGCUCGUUCGCAGCAGGAAGAUGGUGGAACAGGACGCACAAACAUGACAAUAGCGCUUCAGGAAAACCCAGGGUUCCCGUUUCAACAGGUACUCAGCAUCUGGGGAGCAGUGGAACAUGACAAGUUAACUCGUCCACAGCACUUAAAUGAGCUAAUUUUCAGCCAUUAUAUCAGUAUUUUCUUAUAUCAUGACACAAAUGUUCUUGCUCACUACACAAAUAAUUCAUUCCAUUUUGCACCCUAUUAUAUUUUUAAUAGGGUAGUAUUUGCCAAAGGAAGAUUCAUCUUGAUUUUGGAUAUCAAUCAGAAAUUUAAUCAGUUUAUAUUAGUUGUAAUAUAAAUGGGAUAGCUCUCAUUCUUGGAUAAAAUUCAAGGAAUUUUAAACAAAUCAAUACUGUUCAUGCCUCGUUACUGGAAUUAGCAGCCUCAGAGUUCCCUCUCACAAUUUAUUAUGCACAGAUAGCUCUGUGUGCUUGGUGUGCUAUUCAUAGGCUAAGCUUAUUUAUUCCUAUAGUAACAGUUAUAGUGGCAUGCAAGUAAGAAGGCAGUUGUGUUAUGCAUGCUGCACAGAGGGGGCUGGGUGCCACUGUUUCUGCCUGACUUUCUCUAGAAAUAUUUACAUUCUUGGAAAACUAUCUCUGUCACUUGUUAAAGUAAUAAUUGACAUGUUUGCUUUAUGCCACCUAUAAUGAAUAAUACAGUGGCUAAGUAGCCUUUCCAUACCAGAACUGCAAUGAAAAUCAACACCCUGAAACACACAGGACAUACAGACAACACAGAAUUAUGCUAUUAGCCAGAGCAUCAAGUGGUACAGUAUUCAUUGCUAUUGCAAAUAGCCCCACCACCCACCUUCUUACAUGCACACCAGGAGUGAACUGCCAAAUGCUGUGUCAUUCCACUGUGCAGGUAGUGCCACUAUUCCAAUGUGGUAGCUUUAAUACACUGACAGUUCCAAGUAUGUUAAGCAUUCUUGACUGCCGUCCUGUAAUGUGAUGUAUUACAGGAGACUGAAUUACAGAUAUUUUGCAUUCUGUUUUUUGUGCGAUUGCAGGUAGUAGUCAACAGAAUAAUAGAUCAGUCUAAUUAUAUGGGAUAUAUUUUUCUGUAAGAGAUGCAAGUUAAGAAAUUGUGCAGUACAGUAUUUGUGGUCACCUGAGAAAACACCUGGAGCAAAGGCAUCCAAAAGUAAGUGUAUCAAUUCACAGACAAAGUGUUGCAGUAGUGUGAACAGUUUCAUUGGUUUCAGGGUACUACUUCACAGCCUGUGUAGCUAUUAAAUAAUUAAUAAUUUUCUGAUAUCUAUCACUGGAUUGCAGCUGGAACAUUGCAACCCAUGAUAAAUGUUAAUUAAUAGUGUAGCUCAACACUACUGGAUAGCUCAGGCAGCAGGGUUUGAGUACUGGUCUGAUACACAGUUUUAAUCUACCAAAAAGUUUCAAAAUUACAUAAACUGCUAGCAGAGUGAGGAUUCAUUUUGAUGAUGUGGAAUAAAAGAACCUAGCUAUGUUAUGUGUUUGAGUCUGCUGAAGAACUAUUUGUGCAGAAAGUCACAAAUUUCAUAGGUUUACCCUUAUUCGUUGUGCUAUUCGUUUACUGUCAGUGGCAGAGUUUUCAACCUAUAAGGAGCUAAUGCCAGAAUCAUGGCCAAAUGACUGUCAUCAUGGAUGGGGAGCACUGAUAUAUGUCCCAGUUUGUGAUAUAAAUGGCUUUGAUACAGGACAGAAAAUUCUGCAAAACAUAAAUGCCAAUUCAUCACAACACUUUUAAACUGAAUACUUUGGAAGGAAUUGAAUUUCAUGGACAGUUGGAGCAGAACUACAUUCAAGAGGUGGUUACUAACACCAGACCAAAAGUUAUGUGGAAGAACACCAACACUGGAUUGUGUAGGAUUGAAAUCAUGUUGUUCAUUUACACAAAUCGGAUUGCUAUUUGUAUGUGAAUGACUUCCAGUAUCAUAUUUCUCAUCAGUCUCAGAAGUCCUGUAAUGAGAGUGGAGGAGUUUGUGAAAUUUUCUGUGAAUUUCUGAACUAUUUAAUUAUCUAAAAAUGGAUUCUUUAGCCGAGAUAGCUGGAUCUCUGAUAUAGAACACCAACAACCAAUUUGUGAAACUUGUCCACUUUAUUAACAUAAAAAACACUUGUUUCCCAAGAUGUCCAUUCUUGUAUGUCUGCUACUGCUAGAACUUUAUGAAGUUCAUACCAAAGCUAUUACUAAAUCUUAUGGAUGUGUUACAUGCCAUUAGGAUGAAAAUGACUAAUUUUUUGUGUCAUGAACAUAUUUUGACUACUUCAGCCUGUAACACAAAACUAUAGGUCUUUUAUAUCACUUUUUCUGUUAUGACAGUAAAUUCUAGCAGUGUAUGAAAUGGCUGGAAUACAUCAAGAUUGUAGGAAGGCCAGUGUUGUGUUACAUUUUCUCUUCUAGCUCCAGUUUUUUGCUGCCGUCAACACAUUUACUGAGUUUUGUUGAAGCACUUAAAAAAUAAUCUCAGUGGAUAGAUAAUAUUAUUAGCUGCUCACAUGCCUGAGACCUUUUGUUAGCAUCUGUGUCCACAGUGGACUUGUUCUGUGUGCAGCCAUACCAGUCAAACACUUUGUGUAACAACCUUUUUCCAAUAUAUGGCAGUAUAUUAACACAGUUUUGUCAUUUCUAUAUAAUAUGGUUCUCUGAAGUGUGUGCAAGUACAGAGGACCAGAAAAGGGAGAUAAUAGAACUCAGAACAAACAAGUAAAUGAAAAAUGUGUGGACUAGUUCCACUUACUUAAGGUAACAAGUAGCAUAAAUCAGGAUUAAUCUGCACUCUAAGCCUUGAAAUACAGAGCCUGUUGUAAACACUGUAUAACACUUGCAUGUAUAUACAAAAGUCAAACUAAAUGAAUACAAAUCCAUUAAGGCAACAGGUGCAGAAUAGUGAGAAUGAAAACAAUCAGGUGCAUCAGGGAUGUUGCACUGUUGAAUCAGCUUAUUUGCUCCAUUAGAGCUGUUGUACUGAGGUGUCCAGUGUGUGUGUUUUGGUAAUGAAGUGUCCAGUGUGUGUGUUUUGGGAGAGGAGGGGGUAUCUGUUUACAAAGAAAAGGUAUGGCUUCCCAUUCAGUCAUUUGUAAUUGACUGUGAUGUGGAAAAUGUAGCCAUGUUUUUAAAAAGUUUGCUUAUGUAGAUUCUUGACAGUAUUGACAAAUAUACAAAGAUGUAUAUAAUUAAUUGUAAUGAAGUUUAAUUUAAUCAACAGAUAAAAUAAAAAUUUGUGCUCUUUGUAUCAUC